UUUCAACAAAUUCGUAGUCUACAGUGGCCAAAAUGGACGAAUCAGUAAAGUCUUUAGCAGGGAUCCUGGAUAACAAACUUCUACAUAAGUUUACAAUCCCUAAGAUUAAGAGAGAUGCAGAGAAAGGGUGCAUCAUUCAGUGUACCCCUGAAAAGAGGGAAUAUACUGAAAUCCUCGAUACUCUGAAUAAAGGAAGGCUAAAUAUGAAUUGUGAGCUGAAUUCUUCCUGGGAAUUUUCGGAAAUGAAGCUGGUCAUAAAUAAUGAUUUAGAGCAAAAAUUUUCUGAAAAGAGAAAUGAAAUGAAAGAACUUGGUAGGAACAUUAGAGAGCUGGAAGAAAAGUAUUGCUUCCUGUUUGUACCAUAUGAAUCUGCAGCAACCAUAUCUUACCAUGGAUUACCAGUUGGUAAUUUGGCUACAAAAGUGCUUGGUUCUCCUCACAUGGGAACGUACUUGUUUCGUCAUGUUGAUGUUGCACUGAAUUCUACUCAACAAAAGAAAUUGACAUCAAAUGUGGUGGUCGUUUUUAAAGUGCUGUUUGGCAAAGUUAGAAAAGUUGCCAGCAUUUCUUCAAAGAAAACGGCACUGGAUCCGACACCAAAUUUCGACAGUCAUGUAUCAAAACACCCACCAAUGUGGAAUGAUCCAUUUGAUGAGCAGGUCAAAAAUUCCUUGAUCUACAUAUAUGAGUACGAUAACAGCCUUAAACCCGUGAAAACUCCAAGACAGUGCCUUCCAGUUGCCCUAGUAACUGCAACAUUUUCUUCCCAAAAAACGGCUUUAGCUCCAGCACGUCUCUCAUCCAAGCCCAACCCAUCAGAUAUAGCAAAUGUUAAAUAA